ACUUUUGAAGCAGGGAAGAGAAGAGAAGAGAAAAAGCAUACGAGUGAGUGUGAGGAGGCGAAGCAGAAACAGAGAUCAUAUAUUUACCAGAGACCCCACGAGCGGCCUCCUGCUCCUCCUCCUUCCUCCUCCCUCCUCCUUAGUUCUUCCUUUUCCUCCUCCUCCUUCUUCCCCCAAAGGUCCCCCACCAUUCUCUCUCUUUCUCAGACACUGGUCAAUCUCUGAACCCCACAAAAGAACUUGACACCCCAUUUUUUUAUGCCAUGAACUUGCAUCAUCAUCGUCGUCGUCGUCGUUGAAUUUCUCGCCCCAAAUAAUAAGCCAAAAAUUAUUAUUAUUUAUAUUAUUGUUAAUAAUCCCUCCGUUUUUUUGGCCUCCUUCCCCACCUCCUUCCCCACCUAAAUGGAACUAUCAGAUUUGCAAACCAGCUCAUCCACUCAUCACCACCACCACCGCCAGAAGCAGCAGGUCUCCUCCACGACGUCGUCUCAGGUUGUGGUCCCCAGUUUUGAUGGCAGGCCUUCACCUUCUUCCUCUUCCUCUGCCUCUUCUUCAUCAUUCAUGGGCUCCAUCUCCAUCCAAGCUGGCCUUUCUUCCUCGUCUUCCUCGGCUUCGUCUUCUUCUGUUUCCUUAUCCAAUAAUUCUUCUUCUGUUUCUGCUUCUACUGCCUUGCCUAAUUCUGCUGCUUCUGCUUCUGGUCCUAAUGCGUCCGCUGCUCCUCACCUCAUUGAUGCUUCCUUGGCUAUCGCCACCAGAUCUGAUGCCCAUCCGCCAGCUCGGCCUGGAGGGGUUGUGGAUGCCGUGAAGAAGACUCAAAUUCAGCAGCAAUUGUCGAUUUCCACGGCGGCCACGCCGCCGGCGAACCCGCCUAAGAGGUCCACCAAGGAUAGGCAUACCAAGGUGGAUGGACGUGGCCGGAGAAUUCGAAUGCCGGCGACUUGUGCGGCUAGGGUUUUUCAGUUGACGAGGGAAUUGGGGCAUAAGUCCGAUGGGGAGACAAUUGAGUGGCUGCUGCAGCAAGCGGAGCCGGCGAUCAUCGCCGCUACUGGCACCGGCACGAUUCCGGCAAAUUUCUCGACACUCAACGUGUCGCUUCGGAGUAGCGGGGCGACGAUCUCGGCCCCGCCUUCGAAGUCUGCUCCUCAUACGUUUCACGGCGCGUUGGCUCUCAGUGCCCAUGGUCACCAUCAUCAUCCUUAUGAAGAAGCUUUUCAACACACUGCGCUCUUAGGGUUUCACCCUCACCAUCACCACCAACAGCAGCAGAAUCAACCUCAUCUACUGACCGCCAACCAGAUUGGGGAAGCGAUUCCGGUAGGCGGAGGCGGCGGGGAGAGUGGCGGUGGCGACGCACCUGAUAACUAUUUGCGAAAACGUUUCAGAGAAGAUCUGUUCAAAGAAGAUAGCCAAUCACAAAACGAGAGUGGAGGGAGCUCACCCAAGACAUUCAAGAACAAUUUGCAACAAAUCCCAAAGCAACAAGAAGCAGCUGGAUCUUCGGGCCUUCUUCGUCCUACGAACAUACUACCCGCCGCCGCUACCAUGUGGGCGGUAGCACCAGCUCCGGCGAGUGGCGCAGGCAGCACAAUCUGGAUGUUGCCUGUGAACGCCGGGGGUUCCGGUUCAGGUUCGUCGUCGGAGACCCAAAUGUGGCAGUUUCCGACUGCACAAGCUGGUUCUGGAAACAACACCGCACAGGCGCCCCUGCAAUUCAUGCCUAGGUUCAAUCUUCCGGGGGGCCUUGAAUUUCAAGGAGGUGGAGGUAGAGGGGGUUCUCUGCAACUGGGUUCCAUGAUAAUGCCUCAUCAACAUCAUCAGCAGCAACAACAACAACAACCAUCUCAGCAUCUCGGGCUGGGUAUGUCUGAAUCUAAUCUGGGCAUGUUGGCUGCUCUGAAUGCCUAUUCCAGAGCUGGUUUGAAUAUGAAUUCUGAGGAAAAUCAUCCAUUGGAGCACCAACACCAUCAUCAGCAGCAGCAGCAGCAAGCAACGGAUAGUGGAGAGGAAGGUCCUAGUAGUUCUCAGUGACUUACAAGGGCGAAAAAGGAAAAAAAAAAACAAUUGAUUAUUUGAAGUUGAAUUUGUGAUGAUGAGUGCUUGAAAAAUAUUCCAUGGAUGUUGGUCCUCUCAGAACUGAGUUUCUUAGAUGUGUGGUAGUGAUGUCUUUCUUCUUCUUCUUUUUGUGUUUAUUGAUUUUUCUUCCUCUUUGGUUUGAGGAAGUUGAUUUCUUAAGCUUGAUUUGGAGAACUUUGUACUGUGAUUCUAUUAGCUUGAUCUGGUCCAAAGGGACUGACAGGUAGCUGGCAGAGAGAGCUUGUAUAGGAGGAAAUUUAUCUUGGUGUUGUCAUUUUCUA